AUGUGGAUUACAGAUGAUAUUCGAUCGAAGAAUGCUGCAACCAAACGGAAGAUAUCGUUAAAUCGUCGGCCAAAUCAUCAGCCAUCUGCACUAGCAACUCAUUCACGUCUAAGUAGUGUUGCACCAGUCUUUUUCAUACAAGCAUCACAAGCGGACGCCACCACCUCAUCACCUACAACUGCAAAACGUUUGUAUGCUCCUCCUCGAAACUGGGCCGCCACAAAACAUUUGCUAAAAUUUGGUGCUGAUCGUGAGCAAAAGCCUAAUGAUCGCGAUUACCACCCACAACCAUUUCGAGAUAGCAACAACACGGCUUAUAGAAGAGCAUCGUCAUCGCUAAAAGGCGCUGUAAACGUUCGCUUACAGAGACCAGACGGAGUUCAACUCGGGCUCGGCAUUGCUGGUUCGUUGCUUUAG